AUGAUGUACCUUCCGAAUGAAGUUAUCCAAUGUAGUAUUGAAGUGACGAUCGACAGUCGUGAUCUACAAGUAUCAUUGGUCUUAGAUUUUGGUGAAUAUGCUGAUACAAUCGAAGAUAUAUUCCACGCCAAAGAACAGUAUACGUUCAAUGUAUCAUAUGCAGCACCCGGGACAUAUUUGUUCAACAUUACUGUGAAACAUUUUGCUGGAUCUGCAGUCAAACAGCAAGAACUGGUUAUAACAGAAAAUACACGCCCCAUACUUGCCGAUGCCGAGGCGAUGAAUGGAAUUCCGACCUAUGUCGACAAUCUUCAUGUGCCAGGCCUCCACAUUUUGGAAAGUGAAUUAGUAAUGCUUGGAGAAAAUUCCAUUUUUAAAACAUAUCUAGUCGACGGUGAAUCGACUACGUGCACGUGGGCGUUUGACGAUGAUCAGAUACUUCAAACCACUCAUAACAUACCUGAAUUUGUGACUGUCGGUCAUAGCUAUAACCAACCUGGCAUGUACAUCACCAAUGUCACGUGUUGUAACAUAAUUGAUUGUUCUGGCAGAUCCUACCAGCAGUACGUUAAAGUUCCCCUCAUUGAAUUUAAACCUACAUAUCCUUUCAUCAUUGAAUUUGGCCAGACAGCCGAGAUAACAUGGACUGUACAAGAUAAUGCUGAAAUUAACAUGUAUAUACAACUCGAUGGCAGUUCACGUCAAGAAAUAAAUUACCAUACAGGCCGCCAUAAUAUAACAUUCGACCAAUACGUGUGUCAAGGCAGACACAAUGUUUAUAUGACAGUUCGCAGUCACCCAGAAGAUAUGUUAAUUGUCAUUGCAUCAUUCUUUGCACAAGUGACAAUAACAGGUGUCGAUCUCAAAUUGGAAGUUGAAUAUGAUGAGACUAAUUUCAAAAGCUUGAUUGGUGAGACAGGAGAUAUAUUGAGAGAGUUAGAAAUUGGCAAAAAUAUCACGAUUGUGUUUUCAAUACUUGGCGGGAAUGACGUUAUUCGUGUAUGGAACAUGGGUGACGAGACAGAUAACGUUCCUUGGCAAAUCGGUUUAUUCGUUGAUGGAAAUCAUACAGACAGUUAUGUGUGGAUCAAUGGCCUAGGAAAGUCAAGAUUAGCUCCUAGACAAGAGUAUCGCUCCAGUCAAAUUGAUGUCACAAGCCUUGUUACUUAUUCUUGUCGCGAUAACAAUACUGAAGCAACGUUUACAUGGAAUGUAACCAGAAUUGAGAAAGAGGGGAAUUAUGAUAUUGACAUUGAACAAUCAACGAGAUAUACGAUCACAUUCCCUCCGAAAUUCUUCAAUUAUGGUCUAAUUAGUAUUUCGUUAACUGUUGACCUUGACAUACCACUAGUCGACCCAGGAAAUGACACAGUAUACAUCGAUAUAUUAAGGGCACCACCAAUCGUUGAAAUAGAAGGUGGUGACAUGCGGACGUCCUCAGGACAAGUACCACUUAUACUUGAUGGUUCAAAAUCAUAUGACCCGGAAGCUGACACUGAAGAAAUAAAUUUGGUGUGGAGAUGUCGCCCUCAUGAUUCUGAAUUUACAGUUUAUUUUGAAGCAUGUAAUCUAACUUCAAAUAUGUAUAUCAUAACUGAAGAUAACCGUGUAGUGACUAUUAUGGAGGAAGUAUUGAAUGUUGGACGAUAUAUUUUCCACUUAAUUUUAACAACAGAUGAAAAUGUGGAAAAGUAUUUCGAACAGGAGGUUUUCAUUAUCGAAUCAAUUCAACCAAGUAUUCAAAUCAAAUGUAUAUUGAAUUGCGGUGUCAAUAGCUCAUCUCUGAUAAUAGAAGCCCACUUUCUAGACAAAGGUACGACUUACAAGUUGGAAGGCUCAGUUUGUGUACCUGGAAAAGGAGACGCUAAGACAGCGCAACAUUUCAGAACAGCCACAACUCCGUAUGGGGGAAUUUGUAAGAUACUUCCUGGAGAAGGCCAAGCCAUGACUACUAUGUUUAUCAUGCUCUGCCAAGGAUGGAAAACUAACGAAAGCAAUGCUGAGACCGCCCUGAAAGACAGCAAGGCAAACAGUCCUGGAUUGUAUUUUCGUAUACAACUAGCAAUUGGAGAUGAGAUCUAUGGUAGUGACUUUUAUUACUCCCAAGACCCUAUCACACCUAAUACUACCCUACCAGAAGGACCCGAAGAAAAAGACUAUAUAUGGGACAUAAUAAUAUCAGUUGAAGACCAGUAUGGAGAAUUUAAUCUAACAUAUUUGAAAGUCAGAGUUUUACCAGUUGAAUAUGACGAUGACCUAAUUUAUGAUGUGUAUCACAAAGCCGAUAUAUAUAAACGGCUUGACAACCCAAUACAGGCCAUGCAGAUGGUGCUGUCAAUAUCAACAUUCUUAAAUAAGUUACGAAGUGACAUAUGUAAAUUGAUGGAUUUUACUACAAGGAUACUAAAUACCCCCGAGGCUGUGUUGCAGACUGCAUCUACGUUAAAAAUAGCAACAGCUGUGCCUUCUCAAGUGGAGAGACAGACACUGGACGUCUCAGUGAGAGCAAUGAGUCGAGGAGCCAUGGCAAUGUCUGAUAUGAGUAAAAAUACGAAUCUUCCUCAAGAGAAAGUUCUCAAAACAGCUGAAGAUUUUUUCUUUUCAUCUGCCUUUCUACUUGAAGCUGGCAACUCAACAGUUGAAAUGGCAACAGUUGAAAUAAACUCUUCUGAUGUGGGGAGAAAUGAAUCUAGCAAUACAACUCAGUUGUCUACUGAAGCACCCGUGAAACAUGUCGAAGACAGACAACAUAUGCGAGACACAACAAACAGUAUAGUCAGUUCAGUUAGCAGUUUAUCAGACAGCGUACUUCGUCGUAUGCAGCCAGGGGAAUCUGCAGUGAAUUUUUCAUCCAAUGGCCUAGCUAUACAGUUGGAACGAACCACCUCCGAAAACAUGGCUAACAAGACUCCGGAAUUGCCAAGUGGGACGUUUGCUCUUCCAUCACCUGAAAUUAUGUUCGGAGAACAGAACUACUCAUCAGUAGAUGUAAAGCUAGUACAAUACGACCGCAAUCCUUUUAUUUGGGAUACAACAGCCGAACAAGUGAGUAGUCCAAUUAUCUCUUUAGAAAUCAUGGAUGAUAAUGGCACACUUAUUGAACAGAAGAAUACAGCAGAAGACUUCAUUAUCACAAUGGAUUACAUAGAAGAUGAACCAGAACUGUUGACUAAUAUCUCUGAAAACGAAAUCUCAAAUGCUCCUCCGAAAUACACUGUUUUCAACGUGACGUUCCCUCGUACAGCAGUUCAAAUAAUAAUAACACCAAACAACACAAACGCGACAUAUAUAGUGUAUUUGAAACACGACUUAUAUCCAACUGAUGAGGAUUUUGACUUUAGAUUUGUUGUUCCAAUCGAUUUCCUGUACUCAAGUAGAAUGGAUUUGGAUUUAGGCUUUGGUAUUGGUAUGGCAAAUGUAUCCAGCAUACAACAAAACAAUAUUCCUAUUGCUGGUAAUCCAUACGCAGUAAGCCUUGCACCGCCAGUACUUGGAGACGUUGAAAUAACAACACCUGCACCAGAAGAGGAACCACAGAAGGGCCCCAGGCAAGGAUAUUCAGAUGUAUCUAUGAGACUCUCUGAUAUAUCCUCAUGGAGUGAUUUUUCAGCUAAUGCUACCCGCAGUUACAACAUAUUUAUACCAGAUAAGAAUAUAAGAAAAUCCGGAUCGUAUGGAGUGAAAAUCAAGGAAUUUUUAGGAUGGAAUUACUCCGAACCUACAAUUGGUGAGACUGUGACUCCUUAUACUAUCAGAAUUCAUACAGCCAACUGUAGAUAUUGGGACACAAAUAAGGAUCGUUGGUCUAAUGAAGGCUGCACUGUAAGUCCCUUGUCUCAACCGAAUCAUACCAUAUGCCGGUGCAAUCACCUAACAAACUUUGGAAUUCACUCAUUCUAUGUACCUGUAAACACAAUAGACUGGGAUAGGGUCCAAGGUGGGCUUGCAAAUUUUGCAGACAAUGCUUUGGUCUUUUCCGUUGUGAUUAUUAUUAUGAUCGUCUAUUUCAUGUUGCUGUAUUACAUGAGAAAGAAGGAUAAAGACGACCGAAUAAGGUGGAGCGCUACUCCUUUAAUCGAUAAUAAGCCAUUGGAUAGAUUCCUGUAUCACAUUACGGUAUACACUGGCCAUGACAGCAAAGCGGGGACUAGGUCCAACAUUUCAUUCAAGUUGUCUGGAAGUAGUGGUGAUACAGGCACUAGACAUCUCAAAGAUCAAUAUGGAAAGGUAUUCGGUGCUGGUAGUGUGAAUCAAUUCUAUCUCACUGUCCAAGACAGUCUAGGUGAUUUGGAACAUUGUUAUAUCUGGCAUGACUCUUCUGGACUAGGGGAUGACUCGUCAUGGUUUCUUGAUAGAAUAAUAAUAGGAGAUAUGCAAAUGCGGAAAUGUAUGAUGUGGGGAGCUGAGAAACAGAAAGAUUGGCUCUUGUCAUGCAUUACAUCAUUUGCUGAGUCUAUUCUGUUGAUGGAACCAAUGAAAGUAGUUGUGCUGGCUGCAGUUGUAUCUUUCUUCGUACGUAAGCCUGAUUUUGAGAAAUACAAGCUGCAUGAGUCAGAAAAGAUCGACCAGACGGAAAUAUCUAAGUAUUCAUCGAUGGGCGACACUGUGUCAGAAGGACCACUUAAAGGGAGCGCUCUGGAAAAUAUAAGAGAAAGAAGGGUUAAAGAAAAAAAGAUGAUGGCUUUACUGUAUGGGAUAAUUGUAUAUUCAAUGUUCGUUUGUGUUACGUUGAUUCGAACCCCAGCUCAUUUUUGGGAAUGGAUGGACAACAAUCUUGUGCCAAAUCUAUAUCCCGAUCUUGAGGAGAAUGAGACUGAGAUUGUUACAAGCGAUAGAAUGACAUACAGGGUCGGGGUCCCACGGCUACGGCAACACAGAAACAAAAAAGGACAGUGCCUGAUCGAAGGUAUUGUUCCAGAAUGCGAAUUUCAUGGCGUUUAUGAAACUGAAAAUUACGAUAUCGGAUGGCGACCGUAUAAUAACCUUUCAGUGGGGGAAAGUAAUAACAUCACCAGCGCCUGGCAUUAUCGUGGCGCUGAGGAUUUAGUUGGUUAUGAUUAUUAUGGAAAUCAUGGUGUGUACAGUCUUGGUGGAUACACUACUUUCCUUGAAGGUAACAAGAGCAACUUAUUGGAGACACUGAGCCGAUUAGCCAACAAUUCUUGGGUUGAUCUUUACACACGCAUCAUUCUACUAGAAUUUGAUCUGUAUUCUCCCGACGCUGACCUGUACUCCAGCAAUACAUAUGCCAUUGAGUUUCUGAAUAUCGGCAGUACUGAAUGCCGUGCUACACAUAAGGUGUUCCGUCUGCUGAAGAGUAUUUUCGAUAAAGAUACCAUAUAUGACAAGUAUGCUAGCACCGUGUUCUUGUGUUGGAUUAUGUAUGGAUUCUUCGCGGCCUUCAUGACAUAUUCGAUUGUUAAACGUAUUCGACUACAGAGACACUAUUUUAUCCGGUUUGCCUGGAACUAUUUCGAUCUCUUGUUGUUGCUCGUAACGUUGUCAUCGUUGGCUUUAGCUAUCUCAUACCAAGUGACAGCGCCUGCAAUUCUUAAAGAAACCCUUAAAGUUGUUGGUGGUAACAUGCAAGAAGUGGCCAUGCUCAGCGAUGCACUAGUACACCUUCUCUCUGUGGCAGUGUUCCUGUCAAUCGUCCGAUAUCUAAAGCUGCUAAGAUUCAACCGCCGUAUUAUGCUUCUUACUAUGACGUUACAAGCAGCAGGGCCAGCCUUGGCUAGCUUCUUCUUCGUCCUCGUCGUAUAUGUUGGCGCUUACACCCACGCUGGUUAUCUCCUGUUCCACAAAAGUAUCGGGAAUUUCAAAACAGUGUAUGAUGCAUUGCGUUACUUGUUUACUAUUAUGUUGGGGAAGUUUCCGAAACCGGGUAAUUUCGACAUACCCCCUGGAACUUGGAAUAUUUACUUGUUCGUCUUCACUAUGUCACAGACAGUAAUUAUGAUCAACAUUUUCAUCGCCAUCAUUAACGACGCUUUCACGGAGGCCAGGGAGAAGAAUAGAAAACAGCAGAAUCAUUUUGAAAUGGUCGACUAUCUAAUGGCCAGAUUAAAAGACAAGGCUAUUGGCAUUGGAUUAAUAACAGAAGAACAGCAGAGUCUGAGGAUUCCUGAAUAUCUUGACAAAAUAGACAGAAACUUAGUUCGAUUUGAAGAAGUUAUGGUGGAAGUGGAAGCGAGAGUCGAUAAGCUGUAUUCAUCUUAUUUUACCGAAGCAGACAAAACAGCCUGA